GCGCGCGAAAUCGUAAACGCUAUUGCGCAAGGUAUUAACCGGAUCCACGAACGCCGAAAUGGAGAACGGGGAUAGCGUGCGCUUUGAUGUCCCCGCGAUUGAUUGGAAUUUACGAUUCCCACACAUGUGCCGCUUAUAACUUCUGUGAUUACCUCGCGCCGCCAUAAUCGUCGAUAUUAUAGCAAUGACCCAACAUCGUAUUUCGCCGCAUUCUAGCUCGCCUCUCUGAGAAACUCGCAGAUUACAAUAAACACAAGUCACUCAUAAUGAAUUCUAAUUACUCAUUUCCGUUUGCCAAAACAGCAUAGAGACAUUAGCCAAUGAAAUGUUAAUGCGUUCGUUCAAAGGAUGUUGCACAACGUCCUAUUGGAAAACGUGUUUCGAUGUAUCAUAGCUGUCGCAAAACAUUUUGCGGUAAAAUGUGAAACUUAAUGUGAGGUCCAGUAGGAGUUAGACUGUCGUGUGCAUGCCUGCAGUAGCAUGUAGUAAAGAUAUAUCAUCGUGCACGGUUGGAACCUUGAGCCAAAAUCCUCUUGCCUAAUAUACCGGUGAAAGGAGGUAUUUCUCCCAUAUAACAGAAUUUCCACGAGGCUGGUGCAGUUUCGAUUAGUGUCGCCUGCCGCGAAUGACAAUUUGAUCGGCGAAAUAUAGCCGAUCAGUAAAUUACGUAGAAAGUUCAAUAAAAUAUCGUACAGUUAUAAUUACCUUAUUUAUUGACAUAAGUGAAAUUGAUUUGCGGUAACGCCAUCAAUUUGUUUCGCAAAUUUCUUUUGAUAUUCUUACGUUAUUAUUUCUAUAAUAUUUUUACCGCUAUUAAAUAACAAAUAAAUAAUGUGGUUCAUAAUUAUUUGCAUGGCGAUAAUAAUCACGAUGAAGAUUCUACACGACUGGCGUCGACCAUCAACAUUUCCUCCAGGUCCCCGCGGUCUGCCAAUCAUAGGAAACAUAUUCGACCUGAAACGUCUGGUCGACGAGACGAAGUUUUAUUCUCACGCCUGGUGUCGGUUAGCCGACAUUUACGGACCUAUUGUUGGCUUGAAACUCGGUGUAGCCGAACCGCUCAUCAUUGUUUCCGGUAAGGAUGCGGUGAUCGAAAUGAUGAGUCGAUCUCAGUUUGACGGCAGACCUAAUGAAUUUGUGCAUAGACUUCGAACGGGAGGUAAACGGAGAGGUGUGCUAUUCACCGAUGGCGAUAUCUGGCGAGAUCAAAGAAGGUUUGUUCUGAGAACGUUGAAGGAAUUUGGAUUCGGAAAUGUUACGAUGGAGGACAUAAUAUUAAACGACGCGGUUUCCUUAACGAGUAUGGUAGAAUCGCUGGCUAAAUUGGGACCCAUUACCAAUUUGUACAAUAUUACUUCCAUAGCUGUUCUGAAUAGUUUGUGGACAUUAGUCGCUGGAGCCAGAUUUGAUUUGGAGAAUCCAAAAUUAGCAGAGAUUUUAUCAGUGGUAAACGAGAUUAUCAGAAAUACCAACGCCACUGGUGGUAUAUUAACCCACUUGCCAUUUUUAAGAUAUAUCAUUCCAGGGCUAACCGGAUUUACCGCACUAAAUCAAAGAUUGACACGAAUGUGGCAAUUCAUCGGGACCGAAAUAGCAAGGCACAAGCAAACUAGAACGCACGGCGAGUUCAGAGACUUUAUCGAUGUUUAUCUAGCGGAAAUGGACACCAUACAAUCAAGCCCAACCGUAUCGUCUUUUGACGAAGAGCAAUUAAUUGGCGUUGUGAAAGACCUCUUUAGCGCUGGGGUAGAAACAACAAACAACACGAUUGGCUUUAUAAUAACGUAUCUCGUGGUGAGGCAGGAUGUGCAAAGAAAAGUACACGAGGAAAUCGACAAAGUGCUCGGCAAGGAAAUCCUACCUCGCGUAGUGUACAAAAAUCGAUUGCCGUACUUGAACGCGACGAUAGCGGAAGUGAUGAGACUGGCGAACGUCGGUCCUACUUCAAUUCCUCAUCGGGCGAUGACUGAUUCCGUUCUACUGGGCUACGAGAUAAAAAAGAAUUACACCUUGCUGGCUAAUUUACGAAGCGUGCACAUGGACGAGCAGCAUUGGGGCGAUCCGAAGGAGUUUCGACCUGAGAGAUUUAUUAAUGACAGAGGAGAGUAUGUCGAGGAUCCCUGGUUAAUACCGUUCGGCUUAGGUCAUAGAAAGUGCCUGGGCGAGAUCUUGGCGAGAAACAGCGUGUUCCUGUUUACCGCGUGUCUACUUCAGAAAUUUCAGUUCGUAUUACCUCCCGAACAUCCCGAGCCCAUUUUAGACGGUGUCGACGGCUUCACUAUCGCACCACCUCAUCUAAAUGUCGUUGCUAUAAAAAGAAAAUGACUGUUUAAUUAUUGUAAUAAUAAGUGUAAUAUUUUUAUAACGAUUCUAUUCAUAAAAAGAGUAAUGAAAUACUAUUUUUUCAGAAGGAUAUUGCAAUAAUUAAUCAUCAUUUUUUUUACAAUAGCAGCUGUUAUCUUUAUUCUGUUUUUAAAUACAAGUUUCUAUCUCAAGUAAUGUUAGAAGAUUCUAUUUACAUUUGAUAUACAAUUAACACGUUUUCUAUUCACAAGAGAAAUGCUUACAAGAAGUCUUUUUACGUUCCGCAAUACUCGAGGGAACGUCAUUCCCCAAGGAGAACAGAAAAGUCAAAAUAAUAUCAAUUUGACGUCAAAUUGACCGAAUUUACGUCAUUUUUUACAU